CGAACGUACACGCCGCGGACCCACCCGUCGAAAUCCCGAAAAAGGAACCCAGAAACAUCGUUUCGAGAUCCCCAGAGCGGUCCAUUCACAUUUGAUUUGAAUUUUAAUUCAAUAAAAAAGUGCACAAAAAUAUCAACGCAAUAAUAAUAAUAAAAAGGAUAUCGCAGAUGUAAAUGCCUGUCAUUUCGAGUCCUUACCCGUGUGUCUAUGUGUUCAGUUCUGUUCUGUGAAUUCGCGAGGCGUAACAAAAUAUUCAAAUUUCAUGUUGAAAUUACUGCACGCAUUCCUAAAUAAUCCAGUGGCAGCGGCACAAGUGUGCAGAAAGUAAGGAGACUCGAGACGACGCCAAGCGUUUGCUAAUAGGAUUACGCAUCACCUCCAGCGCUGACAGGCUCCCGGAUUACUAGGGGAUCCCGCCACGGGUCCGGAACAGGAAUCCCAAAGACUCCGACUCCCUGCCCGCUGCUCAUCAUGGUGACGGGCUCGUGCCUUGCGUAGCUGCAUUCCAUCCAACGUCCAGCCAUCGCCCAGCUAUGUGGACCUACAUGAUGGCUGCCGCCCGCGGAGAUCGGGUCAACACGAUGAUGUCCACCCGGCGACGACCCGAAACCGAGUCCCCAAAGUACGGGUACAACCUCUCCACCCGUCCCAUGUACCGCACCACCCGAUUCGUGGGCCCCGCCUCCUCGGCGCCCGCCCAACUGCAGCUGCCCUGCGGAUCCCAUCAGGCGGCGGUGGGCGUGGCACCUGCGCCGCUGGAGGAGAUUAGUGGCGGCCUCUUCGCCCCCUUCGCGCCCACGGCGACGAUAACGGUGGAGCAGGCGGCCACCUCGAUUCCAAUGGCAGUGGACGGCGAGGUGCACCACCUCCAUUAUCCUCGUCGUAGUUGGCAGCGCAAAUAUCGCCAGGGGAAUCAUCGCCAGCCGGGAGAAGGGGACGAGUACGGUGAUGAGGACGAGGAUGACGAGGACGACGAUGAGGAUGACGAGGAUGAGGACGGCUUCGGAGCUGUCGUGGGCGAGGAUAAUCCGGAGGAGGCGAUUGCGCGGGCUGACCAGCAGCAGAAGCAGCACCACCAGACAAGUGCCAGCGACUCCAGCUAUGUGGAAAAUGGCAGGAAGCUGAUACAGGAGCAAAGUAAACGUAGCAAACCCUCGGCUUUGAGACGCACCCUGCAAGCCCUGCGCCAGCGUCUCACUAAAAGGAAUCGCCCCAAGCCGCCGGACUGGUUUCUCGAGAAGUUCUCCAACACCACGAACACGGACAAGAUUGGCAAGGGUUGCCCGGCGAUGGAGGAUGCGGCGCUCUCCAGCGAGAUUCGGGGCUCCAGUGUGCUGUGCAACCGACUGUCCGUGGAUCCCACCCUGCAGUCGCAUUACAGGUGGCUGGCCAUCGUUUCGUUAGCGGUGCUCUACAAUAUCAUCUUCGUGGUGGGUCGAGCGGUCUUCUGGGAGAUCAACAAGAGUGCUCCGGGCGUGUGGUACACGCUGGACUACCUGUGCGACUUCAUCUAUCUGCUGGAUACGCUCGUCCACAUGCACGAGGGAUUUCUGGACCAGGGGCUCCUCGUGCGGGAUGCCUUCCGGCUGCGGCGGCACUACUUCCACACCAAGGGCUGGUACCUGGACGUGCUCUCGAUGCUGCCCACGGAUCUGGCCUACAUCUGGUGGCCGCCGGAGACCUGCUCCAGCCUGUACCUGCCAUGUCCCGUGAUAGUGCGCCUCAACCGGCUGCUCCGCAUCAACCGGCUGUGGGAGUGGUUCGACCGCACGGAGACGGCCACCGGCUAUCCGAAUGCCUUCCGCAUCUGCAAGGUGGUGCUGGCCAUCCUGGUGCUGAUCCACUGGAACGCCUGCAUGUACUUCGCCAUCAGCUACGAGAUUGGCUUCAGCUCCGACUCCUGGGUCUACAAUCUGAAUGGCACGCGGAACAACACAUUGCAGAGGCAGUACAUCUAUAGUUUCUACUGGUCCACGCUGACGCUGACCACCAUCGGCGAGACUCCGACGCCGGAAAACGAUGUGGAGUACCUGUUCGUGGUGGCCGACUUCCUGGCCGGCGUGCUCAUCUUCGCCACCAUUGUGGGUAACAUUGGCUCCAUGAUCUCCAACAUGAAUGUGGCCCGCGUGGAGUUCCAGAAUCGCAUGGACGGCGUCAAGCAGUACAUGGCCUUCCGGCGGGUAGGUCACGAGCUGGAGGCCAGGGUCAUACGAUGGUUCGCCUACACCUGGUCGCAGAGUGGUGCGCUGGACGAGGAGCGGGUGCUGGCCGCCCUGCCGGACAAGCUGAAGGCGGAGAUAGCCAUCCAGGUGCACAUGGACACGCUGAAGCAGGUGCGGAUCUUCCAUGACACGGAGCCGGGUCUUCUGGAGGCCCUGGUCCUCAAGCUCAAGCUGCAGGUCUUCAGUCCCGGGGACUACAUCUGCCGGAAGGGCGACGUGGGCAAGGAGAUGUACAUCGUGAAGAGGGGCAAGCUCUCCGUCGUGGGCGACGAUGGCAUCACCGUGCUGGCCACCCUGGGAGCAGGAUCCGUGUUCGGCGAGGUGUCCGUGCUGGAGAUCGCGGGCAAUCGCACGGGCAACCGGCGAACGGCCAAUGUGAGGUCCCUGGGCUACUCGGAUCUCUUCUGCCUGGCGAAGAGGGAUCUGUGGGAGACCCUGUCCGACUAUCCGGAGGCCAGGUCCACGCUCACCCAGCGGGGCUGCCAGCUGCUGCGCAAGGAUGGUCUGCUGGACGAGCAGAUAUUCGCCGAUUCCCAAAGGGUGCACGACAGCAUUGAGGGUGGCAUUGAGAAGCUGGAGCUGUCGGUGGAGAACCUCAACAUGCGGCUGGCCCGUCUUCUGGCGGAGUACACGGCCAGCCAGGCCAAGAUCAAGCAGCGCCUGGCCAAGCUGGAGAUGAACGGCGGCCCUGGCACGUGGCGCCUGGAGUGUGAGCCGCAAACGCGAGCUCGCAGCGGACGCCUCUACUCGCUGCAGCCCAAGCGGCGCCCACGUUCGCGACCCGACGCGACUGCCAAAAGCGGCAAUGCUGCCAAGCAGAACACGCUCUAAGUCCCCGGAAAACCCGCUGGAAAAUCCCCGCCUCCAGCCCUCCCCAAGCCCUCAUAUCUCCGCGGAACCGAGGCCGGAAAAUAGUGAUAAAUGCAUUAAACUUGCAGGAGUUGUCUGCGCGGGGAGAUAGCCCCAACCCCAACCCCAACCCCAACCAGAACCCCUUUGGCCCGGAGCCAACUCUUAUUUGGGCUGCAAAAGUGGGUAAAUCAAUUUUUAAUUUUUACAAUUAGUUCGUAGGAGAAAGGGGUGGGCCAGGACAGGGGUGCUGAAGAGCUGUUUGUUGCAAAUCUUAUAAAUUUGUAAAAUGAUUCAAAACUGAAUGUGCCUCAAAGUGUGUAAGCGUGUGUAAGGCUAAGUUAAGAGGCGGCGGUGACCCAUCUAGUUAACCCACUACGAUCCAGUGUACAUAAUUUAAGCAUAGUCCAAUUUUACACGUGAACACUGAGGUGUUCCCCUAGGCUAGGAUGAUUUUACACACGCAGCGAAGGAGCCCGGAUUAAACGCACCAAAAGUAAAAAAUCAAACCGAACAGAUACAGAUUAAGAUACAGAUAAAGAUACAGAUACUUAUAGAGUAAAAGAACCAAGAACCGCAGUACUUUGCUGAAAUACUUAACGGGGGGAAUGAAUGAGGGAAUCGAAUUCAAAGAAAGCAAAUGUUAACAACCAAGCUUCCAAAGCUUCCAAACCAAAAGGCAAAAUUAACAAAGUCGAGAAACAAAAUGAUAAACAAAUGAAUUGUAUUUUUAUAUUAGUCCUAGACAUUGAGUGUACGAUGUAUUGUCUGUGUGUAAGAGCUAAAGCUACAGAAUAAACGAGAAUCGAGUAAA